AUGGAUGGAGACGAGGAGCACGCGUUUGCUGUCCUGCUAGUCUUGAAUUCUCGAGAGUCCCAUUCCGCUCGAGCGCCUCGUGUUGCAACAGAUAAUAUAAAAUAUAGAAACAUCAUUGAUUCGAAGCAAACUAAAACGAAAAGCAUCUCUACAAAUAAGUGCUUUAUUGGCAUUAGAUGGCAUGCCACAAUGGUUGUCCCUCUUAGGCACUUUCUUGUUUUCUCUCUCACCCUCAUAUCCAUCAUCUUCCACACCCAUGGAGCGUUCUCUGAGCAAUCAAUAAUCAAGUUACCCACAGACCAACCAAGGGUAGAGAAACUGACCCACUUGCAUUUUUUCUACCACGACAUCUUAGAGGGCAAGAACAUCACGGUGGUGAAAAUCAUCGAGCCAUCAGCGAGCGAGGUUCGUGAAGCAACUGGGUUUGGAACCACUUUCAUGAUGGACAAUGUUUUGACCGAGGGUCCAGAGCUGAGCUCGAAGCACGUUGGGAGGGCUCAGGGGCUGUUUGGCUUGGCCUCUUUGGAGGACCGUGGAAUGGUGAUGCUCAUUAACUUGGCUUUCAGUGAGGGUGAGUAUGCUGGCAGCACUCUCAGCAUGCUUGGGAGGAACCCUGUUCAGGACACUGUUAGGGAAAUGCCCAUUGUUGGAGGCACGGGCGUGUUCAGGUUUGCCAAGGGCUAUGCCAUUGCCAAGAGUCUUUGGGAAAUUUCUGACAAUGAGCAUUUUGUGGUGGAGUAUCAUGUCACUGUUUCUCAUCCUUAGAUCUUAUAUGUCUUUUGUUAAGAGUAAUAAAUUUUAGGCUUAAAUAUCUUCAAGAUGGUAUGAUAAAUGAAUAAAUUUUAUUGAGUUUUAAGUA